UGCACGUCCCUUCUGCCCCAGUGAUACUUGUCUCAUUACUGCCAGCUCUCCUGCAGCGGUCUCUGGGUUUAUUUCAGCGUCUGUGGUUUCUGUCGCUGCUAUCCUGUCUCCAUCGCCCCAGCUCAGCUUCAGGCCUUCCUCGGAGACUCCACGGGAGAGCCCAGAGAGCCUCCGGAGCCGGUGAGCUGGGUUCAUCUAGUCCUGGACUCACUCAGCCAGCAAAUUUGUGCCAGAGCCCAUCACGGACCACGCCUGGUUCUAGAAACCAUGGAGGAAGUCCCACCCUGCUCCCUCAGCAGCACCCUGUUCCAGCAGGAAGAACAGAGCGGGGUGACCUACCGGAUCCCAGCCCUGCUGUACCUUCCUCCCACCCACACCUUCCUGGCCUUUGCAGAGAAGCGUACCUCAGUCAGCGAUGAGGAUGCUGCCUUCCUGGUGCUCAGACGAGGGCUGAGGAAGGGGCGCUCUGUACAGUGGGGCCCCCAACGGGUACUGAUGGAGGCCACGUUACCUGGGCAUCGCACCAUGAACCCCUGCCCUGUGUGGGAGAAAAAUACUGGCCGUGUGUACCUGUUCUUCAUCUGUGUGCGGGGCCAUGUUACUGAGAGGUGCCAGAUUAUGUGGGGCAAGAAUGCUUCCCGUCUCUGCUUCCUUUGCAGUGAGGAUGCCGGGUGCUCCUGGGGUGAAGUAAAAGACUUGACCGAGGACAUCAUUGGCUCAGAGAUGAAGCGCUGGGCCACGUUUGCUGUGGGCCCAGGUCAUGGCAUCCAACUGCACUCGGGACGGCUGAUCAUCCCCGCCUACGCCUACUAUGUCUCACACUGGUGUCUCUGCUUUCCGUGUUCAGUCAGGCCCCAUUCCUUGAUGAUCUACAGUGAUGACUUAGGAGUCACAUGGCACCAUGGCAAGUUCAUUGGGCCCCAGGUGACAGGGGAGUGCCAAGUGGCAGAAGUGGCUGGGACGGCCGGUAACCCUGUGCUCUACUGCAGUGCUCGAACACCAUGCCGGUUCCGUGCAGAGGCUUUUAGUACUGAUAGUGGUACCUGCUUUCAGAAGCCAACCCUGAACCCACAACUCCAUGAGCCUCGAAGCGGCUGCCAAGGUAGUGUAGUGAGCUUCCGACCUUCGAAGAUGCCAAACUAUCAAGACUCAAGUGGUCAAGGUGCUCCCGCUACUCAGACGCGCCCUCUGCUGGACAGUUCUCUGGAGGUGGAGAAAGGAGCUGAAACACCAUCAGGAACAUGGCUCUUGUACUCGCAUCCAACUAGCAAGAGAAAGAGGAUGAACCUAGGCAUCUACUACAACCGGAACCCCUUGGAGGUGAACUGCUGGUCCCGCCCAUGGAUCUUGAACUGUGGGCCCAGUGGCUACUCUGAUCUGGCUGUUGUGGAAGAACAGGACUUGUUGGCAUGUUUGUUUGAGUGUGGGAAGAAGCAUGAGUAUGAGCGGAUUGACUUCUGUCUGUUUUCAGACCAAGAGGUCCGGAGCUGUGAAGACUGUACCAGCCCUAGCAGCGAUUAAAGCCAAAUCAAGACUGAUGAGUGAGGCCCAGCUUUCCACAGAGAGGUCUCUGAUGUCUUAGAGAAAAUCUAAAAACUAAUAAGCUGCUCCUCGAAUUUUUUUCACUUUUCCCUUCAAUGAGUGUAGUGAAAAUUGUGCCAUAUCUUACAUACAAGGCUCUUGAACUGGGAGUUUGGAUCUCUUCCCAUUAAAAGGAGAGGCCAUGUGCUCACUUCCUGUCCCACAAACCCUGGGCUCUGAUCUUGAGUGGAAGCCAGAGACUUGUCUUUUCCAAUGAUUCACUGCUCACCGAGUAUUAGGAGACGCGUAGGUGCCUUGGCCAG